ACAGUUUCUGACCAGAAAUCAAACUUUUUUGACGAAAAUUUCCAAACGUUGUCACAUAUAGGGAGGGGUGGGUUCGGAGAGGUAUAUCACGUGAGACACAGUAUUGUAGGGCAAGAAUAUGCAGUGAAAAUGGUAAAGUUCCUUGACACUUAUGACGGACACAAACGACAAGAAAUCUUAAAAGAAGUGCAAAAUUUAGUUAAAUUGCGUUCAGAUUUUGUGGUCAAUUACCGCAACUUAUGGUUAGAACACAAUCUUCUUUACAUUCAAAUGGAUUUUUAUACACAAAAUCUACAGACGAUUAUCGAUAAUAAGCACAUUGUGUUUGGGAGACAACCGGAAGAGCCGAUGAAAGUAUACGAGUAUUUCAUUUCUUGCGAAAUACUUAAAGAACUGUUAGAAUGUGUAAAGUAUUUACACGACUCGUGUCCACCGGUUAUCCAUCGGGACCUCAAACCGUCAAAUGUUUUGAUUUCACAAAAUAGUAAUAAUAAUCGGUUUCUAAAAUUUUGUGAUUUCGGUUCCGCCACUUUCCAUAACAUGACAAUAACAUCUAUGAGUCACACCUCUAAUGUCGGUUCUGCGCAAUAUAUGGCACCAGAAGUAUAUCAGUCCAGAUAUAGCAUUAAGGUUGACAUCUAUAGCCUGGGAUUGUAUCCCAUCGGCCGACCAGUGGUCGAGUACUCGACGACUACAACCAGUGGUCAGUCGGCGGACGAAUCAUUACUGAAAAUGAUUAGGAAU